AUGUCGGGAGGUGCGACUAGGCCGCUGCUCUACGCCGUCUGUGCGGCUGUACUUGGCAUGCUACAAUUUGGCUUUAACACCGGUGUCAUCAAUGCCCCACGGAAAUUUAUAGAGAACUUCAUCAAUGAAAAUUAUGAUGUCAACUCUGGAACCAUAUUCAGUGUCAUCGUUAGUAUAUUCGCCGUCGGAGGUAUGAUUGGAUGCCCAUUAGCUAGUUGGGUGGCUGAUAAACGUGGCAGGAAGUUUGCUUUACUCAUCAAUGCUGCGUUUGGUGUAGUAGGAGCGCUCCUAAUGGCAUUAAGUAAGACGUCCACGUCGCUGGCCAUGCUCAUUAUAGGCAGAUUUUUUAUUGGUAUAAAUUGUGGAUUUGCUACAACGGCUUCACCGACGUAUGUAUCAGAAAUGGCUCCAGUACGUUUACGUGGGGCUUUUGGAACUGUUAACCAGUUGGCCGUCGCGUUUGGCAUGGUUGGAGGACAAGUUCUUGGUAUUGAUGUUAUUCUAGGCAGCGAUGAAGGUUGGCCGUGGCUUCUUGGACUGGCUAUCAUACCCUCGGCCGUUCAGUUUAUUAUGUUACCGUUUGCACCAGAAACCCCGCGAUAUCUAUUGCUAUCUCAGCGAGAUGAGGAACAAGCAAGGAGUGUUCUUGCCAAGAUUAGAGGAACCGAUGAAAUUGAUGAUGAAAUAAAAGAUAUGAAUGACGAAGAUCACGCAAUGAAACAGGAGCAAAAGUUUACAAUUGGUGAUUUGUUGCGUAUUGAGUCUUUGAGGACGCCUUUGAUCAUUGGUAUUGUGAUGCACUUAUCGCAACAGUUAGGUGGAAUCAAUGCAGUUUUGUAUUUCUCUACAACGAUAUUUAUCAAAACUGGCUUGUCUGAAGGAGAUGCCCGUUUGGCAUCUAUUGGGGUUGGUAGCAUGUUGUUUAUCAUGGCUUUGGUUUCAAUACCCUUAAUGGAUCGUCUUGGAAGAAGAACUUUGCAGUUGGGUGGUCUGGGCGGUAUGGCAGUCUUCUCUGUGCUUAUGACUAUAGCAUUCUUUACAUACGAAAACAACAAAACAAUGAGUAUUUUUGCUGUUAUAUUUACCCUAAUGUACGUCGCGUUCUUUGGUGUUGGUCCUAGUUCCAUUCCUUGGAUGAUACUGUCAGAAUUGUUUGGUCAGGGUGGUCGUAGUGCUGCGGUUAGUGUAGGGGCUUUAGUUAAUUGGUUAGCGAACUUCGUAGUCGGUUUGACUUUCAUUCCCAUGUCUGAGCUAUUAGGCAACUAUGUAUUUGUACCGUUUACUGUGCUGUUGAUAUUGUUCUAUGUGUUUACAUACUUCAAAUUACCUGAGACGAAGAACCGAACAAUAGAGGAAGUGACAGCGUUGUUCAAGAAAUAG